AUGUCCAAUACGGGUGAAUACUUCCUUGCCCAUGAUGAUACUUUUCUGCUUCCAUCAAACGCUAUUUACCGUAUCAAUGAUAAAUUAGACGGUGCAUCCGAUCUUUCAUCAAUAUACUCUAACGAGCCUGAAUCCGCAAUUGGUGAUGGACAUGAUGCGGAUGAAAUAUAUAUGGAUAGUGCUGAAUUCGCACAAAGACUUUAUAAAGUUCGUGAAAUUGAUAGCAUAACAUCAGAUGGUCGAACAUUUUUACGACUCCCAAUGCAAUGGUCAUUGGGUCAGUGGAUUGGAAAUCGAUCGUUUCGGUCGAACAUCGGGUUGAUACCAUCUUGUUGGCUUAUCAAGAAAAGUUUCUAUGAUGCAAACAAAAGACUGUUUGCUCAUCCAACAUGGUUUUUGGGAAUCUCUGAUCUUAACACUGCUUAUGACUAUCUCAUGGAAGACCAUAGUUCUUAUAGACCAGCAGCAAAAGGAGCUCUGAAUGACUUGAGUAUGCGUUUGACUUCCGUUCUUCAUUUGUCUACUGUCGAUGAUGAGGCACAAACCGGUUUACAAAAGAAAAAUAAUUCAAAGAAGGAUGCAUCAACAUCAGUAGGACUUGCAGAUGUAUCAGCACCACCUAGUCAUCAAGAAGUGUCCAAGGUGUUGUACAGCAAAGUAAUUGAACAAGAGUAUAAAGAUGAGAAUAAGUUCAGCCCCGAAAAAGAGGAUAUCGAUCCAGAGCAUAUCGAACAUACUUCAUUACCAUUCUACAUCAAGACGUAUACAAUCCGUCGUAGUCGAAUUGGACGUUACUUAUUGUUUAAUCGACAAUUCUCAACACUCUACGACUUAGUCUAUUACUAUGCAAAUUACCAAUCACCAAUUCCACACAAACUCAGUUAUGGACCUACCAAAAAACAGCAAGUUGUUCAUUUCCACAGUGUCCCACCACCAUUCACUUCACCAACUCGCGACAUUUAUGCAGUGACGAUGAAAAGUGAACAAUGGGCAGCGCGACAUUUUGAUCAGACAACAGAACCGGCACUCCUGUCGCAAACAUUUUCGCUUAUUUCCCGUUCUAUUUUCGACCCUUACAAAAAGUCACAUAUGGAAUUUGCUCACUCUAUACAACUUAGUAAUGAUGUUAUCGAAGAAGCUCGAACUUACAUAAAGCGUUCUAUGUCAAGGAGAAAUGCGAAAUCCCCUAAGGACUCAACUCCCGAUGCUGGACCGACUGAUGACUCAGUAUUAAAGGCAGAUACUGCCAUCGAAAUCGAUAUUUCAAAUUUGAAAUAUUCUCCAGAAGACAUGCUUGGAUCCGGAGCAUUCGGUGCAGUAUAUCGUGGAAAGCUAGAGACAGUAGAUGGUGAGGUAAUAAGCCAUCCAAAUGUGACGAAAUUCUACGGCUUUUGUUAUAAUAAAACGAAGGAGUAUGCAAUGCUCACAUUCGAACUUAUGGACGUCGGAUCGUUGGCUGACUUCAUGAAGAUACAUGAAUAUAAUAUAUCGGCAAAUGAACACAUUGAUUUCCUCACGCAAAUAGCGCGCGGUAUGGCACAUCUUCAUUCACUGGAUCCUCCAAUUGUGCACGGAGAUCUCGCUGCGCGUAACGUUCUAAUUUGUCAUCACCCGACAGAUGAAACAAGAUAUGUGCUAAAAGUAAGUGACUUUGGUCUAUCAAAAACAACUCGUCAUGAAGUACAUUUCCUUCCCGACGACCCGCAAAAAAUACCUUUCAAAUGGUCACCACCGGAAGUGUUACAUCGCCGGGAGUUAAGCACCAAAACAGAUGUGUGGGCAUAUGCAAUACUCGCUACCGAAAUUUACGGUGUCAUUGAUCCAUAUGGGAUGUUGCCAAACGAAAAAGUGUUACCUUUCCUGAAAGACGAUCAUCGGAUGGAGAAACCAUCGGCUAUGCCUUAUUACAUCUACAACAUUGUCUUACAGUGUUGGCGAAAACAACCUGUAGAUCGACCAACUUUUAACGAAAUCGUUCGUGAUUUAAUGCCAUAUUACAUAGAAUAUGAAAGUAGUCACAUCAUCCUGUUAACGUCCAGGAUAGUCGCAGAGUCCAUAGCGAACAGAAAAAAUUAAGAAAUAGGAGGAAGUUUCGUUACUGCUUUUAUCUCAAAGUGAUACAUCGUGAAAAUCUGCCUGUAGUUGAUGAUAUGUUAAAGGGACGGGAAACUUUUAAA